AUGUUCAAUCAGCGGCAGCACCGGCUCACCGAUGCUCUUCGUUCGGUUCAGCAAAGAGCCAAAAGGCCCCACCGCCCAAUCAGAAGCAUUAGCACCAGAGACGCAUUCUCGCACGCAGAGCCGUCGCCGCCGUUGUUGCGCCUCAUCGCCCCGCAAAAAACGUUCUUAACAUCGUCAAAAAAGUCCCCACCGGAUUCCGAAGACGCGCGAUUCCACCCGGCCCACGAUUCCUCAAAAAGACGGCCUCGCAGUUCGCCUGGACGCAGUCAGCGGUUGCACACAACGACGUUCGUCACCGCCAGCUGG